CCCUUAUAUGAAAAGGCUACGUCAUUGACUCGUUUCUCACUCACUCUUCUAUUCUACCAAAGCUCUCUUUCUCUCUCCUCUCUUUCUCUCUCCUCUCCCAACGAACCAACCUCUUCUUCAAUGGGUUGUGCUGGAUCCUCUCAGUCCAAGCCUGAUGGAACUGUAAAGAAGAUCCGAAAGCCUAAGCCUUGGAAGCAUCCUCAGCCCAUAACAAUGACUCAGCUAAUGCAACUGCGCGAUGAGUUUUGGGAUACAGCUCCUCACUAUGGUGGACGGAAAGAGAUUUGGGACGCUCUUCGAGCUGCUGCAGAAGCUGAUCUUUCUUUGGCACAGGCAAUUGUGGAUAGUGCCGGGGUCAUUGUCCAGAGUGCUGAUUUGACAGUAUGCUAUGAUGAAAGAGGUGCGAAGUACGAGCUACCAAAGUAUGUUUUGAGUGAGCCAACUAACAUGAUUCGAGAAAGCUAAUAACACGGAGUACAUAUAGUAACAUUCAUGGGAAGAAGCAUCUUGUAAAUCAUGUAUAUUUUUAUCUCAUUGAUUUGGUUGGUAACUUUUAUAGGGUAGAAACUUUUUUUCCACAUCCAACUGUACUACUCACCCUUGACUUUAUGUUUCCACAAUCAAUGGAACAAAAAUGAUGUCUGUUCUGUAUCAGAUGAUGAUAAGUAUCAUCACUCUUUGACAAAUACAAACUCAAUUGUGUA